GGACUUCUGUCUGUCGCUGCUCUUGGGUGUAGCUUGGAUCUCCUCUUUCCGCGUGGCUGGGAGUGGGUCUCGACGGAGAGCGAGGGUGGAAGGAAGGAAGGAAGGAAGGAAGGAAGCUCGAGGGAGGAGGAAGAGGAGCAGAUUCAAAGAGCAGAGGUGCUCGAGCUCUGUGAUCCAUAUCUUCGCGGAUUCUUUGAAAGAUCACGAGGGCUGGCCCGCGUUUGAGACAUCGCGCAUUCUUGGAGAGCUAGUGAUUUCAAAAGCGGAGGAGGUAGAUCGCCGAAAGUCCGAAGAUUGGCCGCCCGCCUCGGGUCGUCUCUUUCGAUUUUUUCCUCUUCUUUCCGGUGUCGAUCUUGUCGAGAGUCUGCGGAGCGCGAGAGCGAAGGGCGACGAUGGCUGUCGAGGAAUCGUACCUGUUGGCCAUGGAGAAGUCGGGCGACAUGGAGAGCUGCCAAUGUAAAACAUCCCCCUCGGAUGAGCCCGAGGGGAAUCGGUGCCUCGCGCAGGUCUGCAGUGCGCGGUUCGGGAACUGUGUGGCCCUCGUGCUGCUAACGAUGAGCCUCGUUGCUGGGGUCGUUAAAUUUUUCGAUCACAGAGAGUUGUACCACCCUAUAAUCGCGCACCUCGAAACUCUUGUCCCCAUUUCCAAGCCGCUCGUGGUGGAUGCUACACCCGCCGAAGCUGACAUUUCCAAAUCCAUGUACUUCGAUAUCAUGGGCUUCGGCGACAUUCACAGCAAACGAAUCACCGGCCCUGGGAAAUUGUACCAGUCUGAGGGCCAAACCGUCGUGCGCGACGGGAAUGCUUAUCUCACGUCCGAGAUAACGACUGAUGAGAAUGGAGUGGUCCCGACACCGCACAGUGUGGGUAGGCUCAUGCAUCCCAGGCCGUUUCGCGUCAAGCAUCGAGGGCCCAAUCCUGGCCAGGAGAGAGUGGUAUCCUUCCACACGACCUUUGUGUUCUCCAUCAAGAAUUUGCUCAGGGACAGAGAGGCGACGGGAGACGGUUUUGCAUUUUUGAUGGUCCCGGAGAACAAUGUCAUGGGCAGUGGAGGUGGAUACCUAGGCGUGAUGAACUCGACCGACGAUGCCCACACAUUUGCUGUGGAGUUUGACAUCUGGCAAAACCCUGCAUUGCAAGACAUUAGUAACAAUCACGUGGGCAUCAAUGUGAAUAGCAUGGUCUCUGUCUUAGCCGCGGAAGCAGGUUACUGGAGUGAAGAUAGGCAUGCCGAUGAGACCCACCGAUUCAAUCGUGUGGAUCUCACCUGCGGCCAGAUUCAAGCGUGGAUCGACUAUGAUGGACUUUCUCAGGAGCUGACUGUCAGCAUCAGCCCUGAGUUGGGAUCCAAACCUCAAAAGCCUCUGCUUUCCAAGCACCUGGACCUCACCAAUGUUUUCGAAAAGUACAUGUACGCCGGCUUCUCGGCGGCCACGGGUGAAUUUUCGGCGAAGCACAUCAUUCACAGCUGGAAGUUCGAGAAGCAUUCGAACUCACACCCAGAUGGCUUCACGGUUCCUGAAUUGCGAAAUCCUCAUCGCAAGCGCGCUGCCCCAUAUGUUCCUCACCAUUACUCGGCUCUCGUUUUUCCUCAAGACUUGAAGUCAUGCACAGAUGCGAUUCACGAAUUUUCGGCAACAAUCUACUCCUACUUCAGACGCUUUGCUUCAGGUUUUCUUUUGGAGGCGAAGGAAGUGGUGGAUGAUUGGCCCACUGUCCUCCUGGGCAUCGCCAUAGGCUGGCCUCUCAUGCACAUUUUACUUUUUCUGUAUCAAAUGUGGGUGGGACGCUGGUUCGGUCCAGUGGAAUGCUACGAAUCGACGAGAGAGCUGCACGAUCUGGCCAAAGUCGAUCAGCAGGGACAAUUUAUUCUCGUCGUGAGUGAAUCUCAACAACACCCGAGGUUGUGCAGUGUAGUUUGACUUUACCACUUUAUCAUUCUUAUAACAGAAUCUAAAAGUAGAUAAACAGACGUGAAAAUUUUGUGUGGACUACUCGACGUUUCUAUGUAUCAUACCACACUCUGUACAGCUAUUCCGAUUCGGUUUACCACCACCAUAGUCAGUUUACAAGCUAGGUAUAUAUACCUCCCGGGUUUGGAGCUUUAGUUAGUUUAGGUUUAAAUUGUUCAUAUAUACUUUCAUGGCUCCUUAUAUUGAGGGCUUCUGAUCGAAGACCCGUUGAAUGAAUUGAAUACAACGUGAGAUUUGUCAACUA